AUGUAUCGUCCUCCAUUAGGAUACUUUUUAGAUACCAUAGCUGCUCCUCUGCUGGAUGAACAUAAAGAUGAAGAUGAGGAUGAGGAGAAGGAUGAGGACGAAGACGAAGACGAAGACGAAGACGAAGACGAAGACGAAGACGAAGACGAAGACGAAGACGAAGACGAAGACGAAGACGAAGACGAAGACGAAGACGAAGACGAAGACGAAGACGAAGACGAAGACGAAGACGAAGACGAAGACGAAGACGAAGGUGAAGGUGAAGGUGAAGGUGAAGGUGAAGGUGAAGACGAAGACGAAGGUGAAGGUGAAGGUGAAGAUGAAUGCGAAGGUGAUAGUGCAGGUGGAGGUGGAGGUGGAGUUGGAGGUGGUGGUGGAGCUGGAGGUGAAGGUGGAAGUGGAGAUGGAGAUUGA